ACAAACUAUUCUGAAGUGUGGAAUCAGUGUGCACACAUAUUGAUGCAACUGUAGCCUAGUACAAAGGAAUGUUGAUCGAUCGGUCCCUGAGAUUGUCAGUGAUGGCCAUUAGUGUACAGUGGUCUAUUUGAAUAGGUAUGGAUUGUCCGAUCACAGGUUUAGACUUGUUUACAAGAGGAAAUAUGUCUGCCUAAUGAAAUGGUCUUAUUGAUGUGCGAGAACAGUGCUGAAAAUGGAGGUUGAUUAAGGUUAGAAAGUUAGGCUACUGGACACACUUGAAUGUUUUGUUUUUUAUUCAUCAAUUAUUGAUAGCCUGUGUUCAUUCAUGCACUCAUUAAAUGCACUGACAGUCUUUGGUUAUACAUUUCAAAAUGGUGAUGCACAUGCUCAAAGGGCUAAAAUAUUCCCAGACAACAGACGUUUAUAAAUGAUACCGAUCAUCAAUUUAGGCUACCUGAGCAAACUGAGAGACGUGCUUAGGAAUCUGUCAAAAAUGCACAUUAUUUGCGUAACCUAUCAUGACUGCAAUAAAUUGUCGUAACACAUGUUUGAUUUGAUUCGAUAUGAAGCCAGAAAACAGCCGCCCGCAAGGACGGCUACCUGCUGAAAGCACAGCAACAUCCAUCCCGAAGGCUCGCCAAAGCUCUGACGUAGUCUCCACCUUUGUUAAAUUGACACUCCGCUCUCUGGUAGACUAUUGGUCAAAGAAUGCCCCCUGUGGACAUAGCUGUAUUUCAUUACUGGGUAACAAACAUCAUUUGGAUGCCGGAGGACAGUCAUUGGUGAGUCAAACUGUCUGCAAAAACGUCAGGAGAUUAUCGGCGCGCAGCUGGGAUGCAAGGUUGAUUCACAAAGAAGAGUGAGGAGGUAGAGAGACAACGCCGAAGACACCACAGUCGGACCGAAUCGCCGCACAGCCAUGAAGGGGGAGCAUUUAUUUUCCAACCUGAGAAACGCCACAUUCUACCAGCGGGUCUACCUACUGGGGGGCGAGGAGCUGCUGGUACUGCAAAGCACUGUGGGACAUCCCGCGCUGGGCGACAGCUUCCACCAGAUCACCGACUUUAACGACCUGCCCACCUCCCUUUUCGCCUGCAACGUGGACCAGUCUGUGUUUGAGGAUCAGGAGGGCAAGGAGAUGUUCGAGUCCCUGUUCCUGGCCUACGAUGAGCGGGUGACGUUUCAGCUGUUCAAGAGCUUCCGGCGUGUCCGCAUCAACUUCAGCAACCCCAAAGCAGCCGCCAGCGCCAGGAUAGAGCUGCACGAAACGCCCUUCAGAGGCAAGAAGCUCAAACUCUACUUUGCCCAGGUCCAGAACCCAGUAUCAGAUGGUGAUAACCUGCACCUGGCUCCUCCCCAGCCCUCUAAACAGUUCCUCAUCUCCCCUCCCGGCUCGCCGCCCAUUGGCUGGCAGCAGAUAGACGAGACCACGCCCGUCAUCAACUACGACCUGCUCUAUGCUGUGGCCAAGCUGGGCCCCGGAGAGAAGUUUGAGCUGCAUGCGGGAACAGAGUCCACCCCCAGUGUUGUUGUCCACGUCUGCGACAGCGACACAGAGGAAGUGGAGGAACCAAAGAAUUGCCCCAAACCAAAAAUCAUCCAGACCCGGCGCCCUGACCUUCCUACUUCUCACUGAACUCUGUCCCCCUGCCACUUCCUGCCGUAACAUCGUCAUCUGGAGGAAGGAGAAUCGAUCCCCCGUCUCUCUCUCACAGGAACAUUCCCCGUGUUCAGCACUCCCCACCCUACGGCCUCCCCGCCCGGGCCAGAAGGGGAGUGCUCUCUGUUCCUCAUCCUCGUCGACAUACAGCCGUUGAUGUGCUACAUGUAUGAUUGUGUUGGCAAUACUCCAUACUUACAUCAAGAUUCAGCCACCAUACCCUCAGUGAUUGGUUCCUGUCUGUAUGAUUCUGUUGUUGUAAUGUCACACAGUUAGCAGUGAUGGGGCAGCACCUUGCUUUGAGCUCGGGCCUCUGAUUGGCUUAGGGGCUGUGGCGAAUGCCAGUGUAAAGAAGCCCAUUGGUCGCCUUUAUAGACGUGUGUUAGCCUUGCUCUCGCUCCACUGCGUAUGUACCACAAGCACUGACAAUGAAUAGCGCUUCUCUCAUUAGGGCAUGCUAGCUACUGAGGUGGUGGGAUGACUCUGGCGCUGCAUGAGUUGAAGUAAUCUGAAGGAGCAUUAUGGUCAAUACUUUGUCUUAUAGUCCCUUCAAGUUGUCAGAGGUUAUUCAUCGUGUUAUCAGUGCUGUCUGUCGACCAUGGGAGUUCUUUCAAUCUUGCAUGCACUGGUCUGAUAUAGUUUGUGUGUUUACUUUGUUCUGUUUUCUGUAUGAAGCUGUCAAUUUGACCUCUCUCUCUCUUCUCUAACUUCUCUCUUUUAUCUCCCUGUGUUUUCUGGCUAUCGGUGUUCUUCACAGAAAACAAUGCUAAUAACAGUUACAAUCCAUGCAUCUUACAGUGAAAGAAUUAUGUACAAUGACAUUUCUGUGAUUGUUCCUCAAUGUCAAUCUUUCUGUGUCCAUGUCUUGUCCCCGAAAGUCUGUUUCAAGAAAAAGGAGUAUAAGAAAACAAAAGAAAAAACUUAACAAAGAAAAAACGGAAUGCCUGGUGGCCACCUUUUCCUCAUAGGCUGAAAUGGAAAGCCAAUCAUAUAUCAUCACGUGAAGCCAGUCUAUAAAGUGCAUGGUUACAUUUUUAUAGAGAUAUUGUGUUGUCUGAGAACCGUGGUUCAGUCAUGGGAUUUCCUCGUGUUUCCUUUAUGUGCCUCUGUAGGGAGCGAGAAAGAAACAUUUAUUCAAACUCACAACGAAGAAAAUAAAUGCAUGAUGAUGAUCCUGAGAGGAGUAAAACAGAAAAAAAUGAUGUUAUUACAGAGUUAUGUUACACAAAUCUUCCAAGUGCUAUUACACAGUUUCUGUCGAGAUGGUCAAGGGGAAUUACAUACUGUACUCACACACACAACCAUGUUUGUUUUCCUUUAUUGUGUGUUUUGUUUUUCCUGUGUUGGUGUGCCUGGUUUAACUUAUAGGCAGUAGAACAAGCCCUGUACAAAUUGGACAUCCCUGUCUAUUUGUGGAGAACUGGCGUUGUGAUCAAUUUUCUAUUGUCCAAACUAUUGACCCAUCCUGUUUCAGACAUUGCACCUACACUCUGAUUCUACAUUACUGUGACCCACUGAUUCAACCCUGGGUGCUUUUAUACACUCUAAACCCUCACUGUAACCCCUCACUGUACAUCAUUCCAAUCCCCAUCUCUGAUAAUGAUGGCUCAAAUGAACAGAUUUGAUACCCAGUUCAAAGUGCACUAACUGAAUUUUUUUUAUUCCAACCAGCUCCAGUAGGUUGUAGUUUAAUUCCAACCAGUUCCAGUAGGUUGUAGUUUUAUUCAAACCAGCUCCAGUAGGUUGUAGUUUAAUUCCAACCAGUUCCAGCAGGUUGUAGUUUAAUUCCAACCAGCUCCAGUAGGUUGUAGUUUAAUUCCAACCAGCUCCAGUAGGUUGUAGUUUAAUUCCAACCAACUCCAGUAGGUUGUAGUUUUAUUCAAACCAGCUCCAGUAGGUUGUAGUUUAAUUCCAACCAGUUCCAGUAGGUUGUAGUUUUAUUCAAACCAGCUCCAGUAGGUUGUAGUUUAAUUCCAACCAGUUCCAGUAGGUUGUAGUUUAAUUCCAACCAGCUCCAGUAGGUUGUAGUUUUAUUCCAACAAGCUCCAGUAGGUUGUAGUUUAAUUCCAACCAAUUCCAGUAGGUUGUAGUUUAAUUCCAACCAGCUCCAGUAGGUUGUAGUUUUAUUCCAACCAGCUCCAGUAGGUUGUGGUUUAAUUCCAACCAGCUCCAGUAGGUUGUAGUUUAAUUCCAACCAGUUCCAGUAGGUUGUAGUUUUAUUCCAACCAGCUCCAGUAGGUUGUAGUUUUAUUCCAACCAGCUCCAGUAAGAUGUAGUUUAAUUCCAACCAGCUCCAGUAGAUUGUAGUUUAAUUCCAACCAGCUCCAGUAGGUUGUAGUUUUAUUCUACCUGCAAUAUUUUCCUAUCUGUUGUUGUAUAACAUUUACAGUCAUUCUAAUUAAUAUUUUAAGCAGAUCAAAGGAUGUUGGUAAUAAUGAGCCACUAUCCUUGUGGAAGUCAUAGACUUCAAAUGCAAUUUAAUACAGGCCCUUUCCUAAAAAAACAGGUUUGAAUCAUGUAUUAUAUAUGGUGCAUAUCAAAUGGUUACAAUAGUGUAUUCCUCUUCCUUGUUUUAUUUCAUACAUGCUGGCUUUAAGACACUAUUCCCUCACUGUAUGGUCAGAUGGACCAGACACAACACAAUGACAUGCCACUGUCCAAGGUUUGUACUACAGCCACCAUUACUCCCCUCAAUGAGGUGACUUAUAUACAUGCAAUGGUUUUUGUUCUGGACUUUGGUGUCUUUCGCCUAGACCUCUGGUCUGUUGACUCGGCGCUAAAAUCUUGUCCUGCAGUCACAUUCCUCAAAACUUAAACACAGUAGACACUAUGUACCUGUGUAUAAUUCAACAUGUCCCAAUAUUUGUAUUUUAUUUUCAAAUGAAAAUCAUUAUAUUAUUAUCUGUUUCUUCUAAGAGUCAGUUGGAUUGGAAGGGAAUAUCAGUGAUGGGGUAACCAAUAUGUGUAUUGUGUAAAAAAUUGUGUAUGACCAUCAAUGUACUUGUCAUUCUACAUGUAACGUUACAACAACCUGCCUGCCUACACUAAGGAGACAUAUCUGUAUAUAUUAAUCAAUACUAUUUUUACUGCAUUUUUGUACAAAUAUUCAUGGUAGCCAUGUACAAGUAGUUCAAAUGAUUCUAUGGUAGUAUUAAAAUAGUUUGGUUUUAA